GUCUACUUACCUACAUCACUCAGAAGUAGCAAAACCAGUUUCUGACUCAUUAUUAAUUCUCUACUUUGUCUCUUACUUCCUCUCCUCAAAAACUACCCAAUCAUUCAACUGAUUUUUCUUCAUAUUUUCUUCCUAUGAAACCAUCCGUUACUCCACAAAACUAUUUACAUUUUCUUCAUCCCAUUUAUCCCUUUAACCUCAGAGUCUGAAUCUCAUCUUACUUUCUCUCUUUCUUUCUUUCUUUCAUGGCUGCCAAACAGAUUCUGAUGACCAUUUUUCGUUUGUUUCUUCUACUUCUUCUUGUAAGCAAUGGAGCAACAUACAGAAUCCAUCACUUUGCCCUGAUGAAUAGCAAUAGAAACAAACACAACACCAACACUUUGACAACAACUGCAUUCAGUCAUGUUCUCCCCAAUGCCAUGCAAAUCCCACCUUCAGGUCCAUCAAAGAGACACAAUCGCGACGAUGACGGCUUGGCCAAGCCAGGCUCCAAGGUCUAGCCUACCAUGGCUCGUAUUACAGGAAGGUCUGAACAUGAAAAAGGUCCAUUUCUGGAUUUAUCAGGAAGAAUAGGAUAUAUUUAUACAUAAAUCUUACAUGCUACACUUAUAUAAAAUUUCAAUAUUAUU